AUGGAUCCACCACAAAGCUCGUCGCGGACCUCAUUCUCUGGCCCUUAUAGCGUCGCACAAGGGCCAGUACCCUUAUUUGACCUCCACCUCAAGUUCAUUUCAGAUUCCUAUCUCAGCUUCUUCCAAGAACGGAAGCGGAUAGAGGAAGUAUACCUAGAAUCCCUGAAGAAACUUCAUCGCAAGAUCAAAGCUGUCGAUGCAUCCUUGGAUGACAGGAGCGACCUCUCCACAACCCGCAGCGUUUGGUCUGAGGUCGUUGAGAAUGUCGAACGGGGCAAGUUCAUCGCUAUGGGUCAAUAUGCACCUUUCCCUGACUUUCAGUAG